AUGCUCAUAUCCAUAGACUUUGGUGUAGACAUUGGGAAGGAUGAGCGGGAAGCGUUUCAAGACAAGCUGCAUUUUUUUGUCUCUGGGCAUGAGAAGAUGCUCAUGGAGAUUGAGCAGACAUUUGACUGCCGCUGGGAUCCCGUGUUGUGGGACCCGCACACGGACACCGUCUCGCUUCAAUUGGGUGCGCAGGCGGCGCGGCAGGGACAACUCACCACCUCCAUUGCCGACACUUUAGGGCGCAGCCAAUUGCACAAUCGUCUCUUUUAUCGUAUCACGCUCUGUUUUGCUGGUCUUGUUCUGGAGAUGGACGCCCUCACUGACGAGGCGUUCGAUGUUUUGAUUCCGCCCCUGGCGAUGUUUGGGGACGACAGCUGCCUUGAAGUAGACAUUACGGAUGAGGAGGCACAACGAGGCGCUGGUCGUAUGUUGGGUUUGCUCCAGGAUCUCUGGAGGUGGGUGCAGCGGGUGAGGCGGGUGGUACAGCAGACGGUUCGGCAGUUGGCUGCCCUCUACUCGCCCUUGCGUGAGCGUGACAAAUACCGCCCAUUUACGCAUGUGCGUUUUUUGCGCGUGUGGCGUUCCCUGACAGACAUUUUUUCCGCCCUGUUGAGUGUGGAGGAGGUGCUGCAGACGCAUGACACCCUUCUUCAUGGUCUCUCCACCUAUCGCAAGCUGCUUGCGCAUGUGUCUAGGAAUCGUGAUAAGUUUGAUUGCGAUGAUAAGACGAUGGAAUUGUUCUGUCGGUUGCUGAAUAAGAUUGACCAGGAACUACUGGAUGACGGGGUUCUCCAGCGUUUAGUUAUGCAAUCCUAUGAAGUACCAGAGGAGCAGGUGUCAGUGACGACAAAUAAGAGGCUUUGCGCCGAGUUCACGGAAGUCCUGGAUCACUUGAUAUGCACAGUGGAGGAAAAGGUGGGAACCCCACGGGAGGGUAAUGCACGACGGCAGUACAUUGGUAUUCUUGGAAUGUACUAUUUCCACCUCCAUCUGUUUCAACAGGCAGCAAACGAGGUGACAAGACGUGAUCUGUGUAAACGGGUGUUUCAUCUGCAUCUUCGAAUACCUGUUAUAUAUAUUCAUGGUUUCCAUUUGUUUCGCCCUUUUAUGUGGUUGUCCCGCCGUGUGCCCGACGAAUUAAACCGUCACCUGCGGGAUCCAUCCAAAGAAGGAAUCUCUGCUAUUAAAAAGGCAUGCGAAAAAAGUGGUGUGGAGUUCUUGCCACAGUUGAAUCAACUGACCACGUCGGUAAGUGCAUGGAUUGCCGAGAUGGAAACCACCCUUCCCGUGGAUCCGUCACACUACAAGGCAUUUCUCCACGAUACUGCCCUGUUGUUGCAACGCGGUAUACUUCUGGCGGAACACAUUCAACGACUUGUUAUUGAUUAUAUCGUGCUGCACAACUGUGCGGACGUUGCGAUCCCCCUUCAGCACGUUGAUUGUGUUUCCCAUGGAGUUGAGCUGCUCAUGAUGAUUCGGGCCGCUUUCCAUGCCAAGACGGGGGUGAUCGCGACAACAUACAAUCUGCUGAUAAGUUCCAUUACAUAUGUAAUGGAGCGACAUCUCUAUGAGAUGUACUUGCGUUUUGGAGAUGUCAUUCAAACGAGUUCAGAAGACGUGACGGAUCAAUACAGUGCUAUUCGGCAAGCUAUCGCACUCCUCCAUAAACCACAGACAGCUGAAAAUCUGGUGUGUCUUGACCUUGUCCUUAGUACCGCCUUUAAUCGGUGUCAGGUGGAGAAGGAUGGCUCGGUUGCCAUGGCACAAAAGAAGUACGAGGAUAUUUUAAUUGCCUUUUCUCAACUUCAUCGAUUGGUCUUCUAUCAGAGAAGUUUACGUGUGGCCACUGAUUGUGAUUUCUUGUACUGGCAUCGGGAAACGUUUUAUCCUCUCUUCUUUGAAAGAAUGUAUCAGCGUCCGCUGGGGUCAAACUAUUUGCCGUAUCUUCUCAUGGCCAUGCAUGACUGUCGAACAUCCAUUCUCUCAUCAAGGCAUGUAGAGGAUACUCGUGCUCUACUCGAUGCGUACAUCUCCUACAUACAGAAAUGUAUUCAAAAUCAUUUAAUUAAAACUCUUUGUAUAGACAUUGAGAAUGAUCUGCGGUUGUAUACGCAUUCCGUGGUUCUGGGCCAGCCAUUCCGUAAGGUGGAUGCGGCGGGGGGAAAAUGUGAUGUUGGAUGUUUCACACGCCUACCACCUCUUCGUUUCUUUUAUGAAUGGCUUCACAUCGCAACCGAGGUGGAACACUAUCUGGAUGCGCAGUUCUACAACCUUAAUGCACUCAUGGCAAAUGAUUGGAAAACUUACGAGGAGAUGCGGAAUUUGGCGUUAGUACGUUAUGGGCUACGCAUAUGUGAUGGGUACUUGCCUGGAAGUAUUGUGGAUCAAGGAUUGGAUGUUCUUGUAAUUACAGAGAAUAUUCAGGUGUUUGUAGCUAAUUAUACAUACAAUAUGAACGAACAACUCUUUGUGCAGCGACCAUCGACAACGGAAUCCAAGCAUCUUCACACACUACAUAUUCGUCAUAUUGCCAACUCUAUUCGAACCCAUGGCACCGGCAUCAUGAACACAACCGUCAAUUAUGUCUAUAAAUGUCUUUUGAAGAAGCUUGCGAUUCUCUCACAGUUCCUAUACGAUGACCAUGUUAAAUCGAGGCUUAUAAAAGACGCAAAAUUCUUCAUUGCACACAAGGAGGAACUUAACGGAGAGUACCCGCUUUCACGAGCAGAGAAUUUCAUCCGAGAGAUGCACAAGUUGGGUGUUGCAGAUGAUGGGCAAACGUUCCUGGACAAAUUCCGUCACCUUGUCUCUGAAAUUGGCAACGCACUUGGGUACAUGCGGAUGAUGCGUAGUGGUGGGCUUCGCGCCAUCGCGGAUGCCGCUGUAUUCAUCCCUUUUAUUGACAAUGUUGUUCGCCUGGAGCGUGUCAUUGACCCAGAUGCCAUUGGAAGCGACGAGGACGAAGAAGAGGUGGAAAUGAUGAAGGAAGAAGGCAUGGAUGAGGAGGUAUAUAAGGCACCACCCUCCACAGUGGAGGCCGUUCGCGUUGUUGAUAGUGUCAUUCACAACAUGCGCAUGAAACUGUCGGAUGGUUCCGAGUAUUUCCGAAUGCUUCUUGAGGCGGUGACGAAGCGGCUGAAGGACGCAGAUAAGUAUGAGCACCUAAGGAAUUUCCACAUGAUUAUCCCACCCAUCUGCGUCUUACAUGUGGAGCUUAUGAUACGUGAGAAGGAGCAACUUGUUAAAAAGAACAAGGAUGGGAUAUUCACCGAUGACGGGUUUGCUCUUGGAUGCUCCUUCCUACUUAAAUUAUUUGGCCUCUCAGACUUGUUCGAAUCGCUUCACUGGUUUGAAAGUGUGGGGAAGCACUAUGUGGAGCGCCUCCUCGCGAUGCAGGAAGGUAUUGCAGAACGCACCAAGGAGGCACCGAAGCGAAAGAAGCCUCAGAAAAGAGACGCCUCGCAUGAGGAAGAGGAAAUCAACAACAUGCACCUUACUGCCACAAUGGUGGACUACGCUAUCCGUGAGUACACCGCCUUGGAAGAGGCAUUUGUAUCGAGCAAAGUGUUUUUUCACUCCGCCAUUCCAGACGGAGAGGAUGGAGAAACAGAGGAAGAAGAAGGAGAAAACUAA